AAUAAUUGGAUUGAAGGCUUAGAAAGGGUUAUUGGCAAUUCAGACUAUCAUUCAGAUGAAGUUUCUGAAUCUGAUAUUGAGAAAGUACAAGAAGAAAAGGAUAAAAAUAUUCAUCCAUCAUGA